GGGGGGAUAGAAUGGCAACAGCGCAAACGACUUCUCGAACCUGUUGACAGUGUACGAGUGUGGACUACUUUAUCUGAGCGUUUGUCUCCCUCUCUCAUCAGAGGCGCCACCAGCUCUCAAACAACGCCCUGUUUCUCUCUCAGGCCUUUCCAUCCAGCUGCUGUCGGGGUCGCGAUGGCCGGGGUGACGGUCCUCGAGCGCAGCCACGUGCUCCCACUUCCGUCGGCGGCCCCGACGAGGUUGCCGCUGACCUUCCUGGACCUCCCCUGGCUCUUCUUCCACCCGAGCCAGCAACUCUUCUUCUACGACUACCCCCACCCAGCCUCCCACUUCGCCUCCGCCGCCCUUCCCCUCCUCAAGUCCUCCCUCUCCCUCGCCCUCCGCCUCUUCUUCCCCCUCGCCGGCCACCUCCACACAGCCCCCGCCCGCCACCCCGCUAUUCUGUGCACCCCACGCUUGGCGGGUGUCAGCCUCACCAUUGCAGAGUCCGACGACGACUUCCACGACCUAUGCCACGACGACGGAAGCCGGGGCCUGCAGAGUCAGAGAGCUGCCCACAGAUUCCAUCCCCUCGUGCCCGCGCUUUCCCCCGAAGAAGGCCAUGCGGUGGCCCUGAUGGCCAUUCAGAUCACUGUGUUUCCAGGGUCGGGCUUCUCGGUCGGGAUCACAUACCACCACGUGGCGGCCGAUGAGAGGACGUUCAAUAAUUUCCUCAAGGCUUGGACCGCGCGUUGCACGCAUGCUUUAAUUGGAAAUGCAGAAUGUCCCGCUCCCACUCCACUGAUCGAUCCACCGCGGUUCGACCGAGCAAUCAUUAGGGAUAUGCCCACAUUGGAGCAGAGAUUCCUCAACGAGUGGUGGAAGCAGCAGCAACAGCUCCCUUAUUCUCCUUUGAUAAGAGGGACCGUAAUGUGCCCGGUUGUGCCCGAUGACGGCCAGUGUGACAUGGUCCGCUCGACCUUUGUGGUGGUCCCAUCCCAUAUGGAGCUGGUCAGGUCGUGGAUCAUGGGCCACUGCGAGGCCAAUGGCCUCCCGUUGCCCGUCCACUUAUCCCCUUACGUCCUCACAUGCACUUUCCUUUGGGUGGUCCGCGUCAAGACUCACUUCCAGCUCUCUGGCUUAGGCAAGAACGGGAGGACGAUGGAUAUAGAUUCUCUCGCUGUCAGGACGAGUUAUUUCGGGUACAUUGCUGGCGGCAUUUCCCGGCUGGGCUACCCGGUCCCCGAAUCCUACUUCGGGAACUGCGUCGGGUUUGGGAGGGCAGAGGCCGCCUGCAGCGACCUGGUGGGAGAGGCCGGGAUCUUUCAUGCGGCAACUGCCCUUGGGAGCGCGAUCAAGAGGCUUGACCGGUCAAUGCUUGAGAGCGCCGAGGAGUGGAUCUUGGAUUGGCGAGCGAUGUUGGAGUCGGAUGUACACGUCGUGGUUGUCGGGUCACCUAAGGUGGACUUCUAUGACAGGGACUUCGGGUGGGGCAGGCCAAGGAAGAUAGAGGAGGUGUCGACCGACUGGACGGGUGCGAUCUCGCUCCACGAGAGCAGGGAUGUAGAGGGCGGGAUUGAAGUCGGGGUGUCCUUACUGAAGGCGAAAAUGGAUGCCUUCAUCGCACUCUUUGUCGAAGGCUUCAGAAUUUUGAAAUGAUAAUCUAUUUCUAUAUCUAUAUCUAUGCACUUAAAAUAAAAAGCAAUUUCUCAAUGGGAAAUCGAUUGUAGUAUUGGCACAUAAAUUUCUCGUUGAGCUUUAUCUUGAAAACUUCACGUUUGAAGUCAGUUCAAGAUUUUCCAUGUA